AUGAGAAACAUCAUGGAGAGAAGCCCCCACGAGUCCUCCUUCUCCUUCUCCCGGAGGCACUUCAAGUGGCCGGUUCUCGGCAAGAGCAGCAGCCAUGGCGCCACUAGCACCGCCGCCGCGGAGGAAGGUUUCGUCAAGAUCAGCUCGGAUAAGCAUGCCGAGGACGACGAGGAGGCGUCCUUGGCUUUCUCCUCCGCCUGCCGGUCCUUCCACUCGGAGGACUUCGUGUCUCCCCCGCCCAAGCCGCUCAAGCAGCACCGCAAGAAUACUAGGCCGGGCCGCACGGCCGUGUCGCGCCUGCGCACGGCGCUGGCAGCGGCAAUCUCCGGCCGGCACCGGCAGGUCGGCCUCGGCUCGCGGCUUACCGGCACGCUGUACGGGCACCGUCGCGGCCACGUCCACCUCGCGUUCCAGGUCGACCCGCGCGCGUGCCCGGCGCUGCUGCUGGAGCUGACCGCGCCCACGGCGUCGCUAGUUCGCGAGAUGGCCUCGGGCCUCGUGCGCAUCGCACUCGAGUGCGAGCGCUCCAAGGGCGCCUCCGCAUUCCCCGGCACCACUGCUGGCGCGGGCGCCGGCGCGGGCAGGAAGCUGCUGGAGGAGACGGUGUGGCGCGCCUACUGCAACGGCAAGGGAUGCGGGUACGCGGUGCGGCGCGAGUGCGGGGCCGCAGACUGGCGGGUGCUGCGCGCGCUGGAGCCCGUGUCCAUGGGGGCCGGGGUCAUACCGGCGUCAUGCGGUGGCGGCGAGGGCGACGUCAUGUACAUGCGCGCGCGGUUCGAGCGCGUGGUGGGCUCGCGCGACUCGGAGGCAUUCUACAUGAUCAACCCGGACAGCGGCAGCAAUGCCAACAGCGUCGGCCCCGAGCUUAGCGUCUACCUUCUUAGAGUUUGA